AUGGAUGCAGACUCCCCUCCGAUGGAGCGGAGUGGAAAUGAUGUUAAUGAUAUCCCAAAUGAGACAGAAACGACAACAAUCCCACAGAGCUCCGCGGAAGAUGAUGGGGCAAGCUUCAGUGAUAUUGCGAACUCGGACGACGAUGUCCAAAUUCAAUGGCUUGACGUGCCCUGGAAGACAUAUGAAACCAACGACUUUCCAACGGCUACUUCACCCAACACAGAUGCAGAUGCAGAUACAAGCAACAAUACAUACUCUGAUCCGGAAGACUUCGGUGACUUUGCACGCACUUCGCGGGAACGAUGUCGUAUCAACGCUGAGUCCGAGGACAACUACGAUCCGAAGGACAACCCACAUGUCUUUUAUCCCGUUUGCGUUGGGGAAGUGUUAAAUGAGAGAUACCGUGUCGAAAAUAAGCUUGGGCAUGGCGGAUUCUCCACUGUUUGGAUGGCAUACGACCUUCAGGACGAGACAGAUGUCGCCCUCAAAGUUAUGUGUUCAGGUGAAUCAGGAGAUAGCGAAAUCAGCAUCCACGAUGAAAUCAAUCGAAAUGUCCAGGAUCCGUCCCAUCUUGUGACAUACCUGGCAACUUUCCUAUUACCCGGAAAUGAAUGUGAUCACAGAGUUCUCGUGUUACCCUUGAGAGGCCCGUCUAUGGACUUUUAUUAUCGAGAUCGCAUCCCUUUCUCCUCUCGAAUGUCAGCCGCCAAGCAACUACUGAUGGCCUUGGAAAGCCUGCACAAGGCUGGAAUUGUUCACCGGGAUUUGACUGAUAGGAACUGUAUGUGGGGGAUGGCUUCUCUUCGUGGCCUCACACGAAGCGCCAAAUAUAAAGCACUCGGUCGGCCAUUCAAGAAAGCCAUACCGUGUAGGGACCUCUGGAAGGAAGGAGAGCUUGUUAAUGAGAUUGAAGUCCCGAGUGAUCUACGCACAGAAGAUUUCUAUCUCGCGGACUUUGGUCUAGCAAUGAAGAUUGAUGACGAGCCUAAAGAGGGCUUUCCGCCUGAUCUGCAUUGCUCCCCAGAGCGGCUCCAUAACCAGGAUCCAAGCUUCGCCUGCGACAUGUGGAGUUACAUGAUUCUCUUUGCAGAGCUUUACACCGGUUUUCACCCUUUCCCUCACCUUGGGCGUGGCGCCUUAUUUGGCCUGGUCAAUUCUUUAGGCCCACUUCCCCGCCAUUGGAAGGGCCUUUGCACCGACGCCGAGGACUCCUGGUACGAUCAAGAUCGACGUCCUGAUCCAGAGUUUUCGCUUGCAUCAACAAUUGAAACGGAUCUACCAGAUGCUGAUCCAAUCGAGCGGGAACAUGCACGCUCUCUCAUGACUCGAAUGUUUACUUUUUCCCCCGAGGAACGUCUGACCGCAACACAGCUCCUGCAGGACCCUUCGUUCAAAGCUAUCUUGGAGAUCUAUCACUGUUGA